AUGCUUCGACGAGUGCCCAGGAGCUUGCCCAGGCUCGCGACGAGUCCUGUGAUAAGGUCAAUAGCAGCAAAACCGUUAAGCGCCGUGAUUUCACGCUUCAUGUCCUCGUUACCAGCAGUACAGCCCCCAGUCUCUGGCUCAUUCCCCGCAGACUCCUUCCAACUGCUCUCGACCGAAGGGAAGGCCGGAGAUGCAGAAGACAUUCUGUUCCAACAACAGGUGGAAGACGUAAAGAAAUGGUGGGCAUCGCCAAGGUACAAGGGUAUCAAGAGGCCUUACACCCCGGAAGAUGUGGUUACCAAAAGGGGGGCGUUACAACAACAAUACCCGAGCUCGCUCAUGGCCCGGAAGCUCUUCAACCUGCUUGCAGAAAGGGCAGCCCAAGGGAAGCCAGUACACACAAUGGGAGCCAUUGAUCCGGUGCAGAUGACACAACAGGCUCCCAACCAGGAAAUUCUGUACAUCUCCGGAUGGGCGUGCUCCUCAGUCCUAACGACGACAAAUGAAGUAUCAGCGGAUUUUGGCGACUACCCAUACAAUACCGUCCCGAACCAAGUCCAGAGGCUUUUCAAAGCCCAGCAGCUGCACGAUCGCAAACACUACGACUUACGAAGGAAGAUGUCUGCCGCCGAGCGGAAGAAUACCCCCUACAUCGACUACAUGAGACCGAUAGUGGCUGAUGGGGAUACUGGACAUGGUGGCCUCUCUGCCGUGAUCAAGCUGGCCAAGCUCUUUGCCGAGAACGGUGCCGCCGCUGUACAUUUUGAGGACCAACUCCACGGGGGCAAGAAAUGUGGUCAUUUGGCCGGCAAGGUGUUGGUGCCGGUGGGUGACCAUAUCAACAGACUGGUUGCCGCCAGAUUCCAGUGGGACCUGAUGGGCACCGAAAACUUAGUCAUAGCUAGGACAGACUCCGAAAGCGGAAAAUUACUGUCCAGCGCUAUUGACGUCCGAGAUCAUGAGUUCAUCCUUGGUGUGACAGAAGACACGGAACCGUUAGCCGAAGUCCUGCAGGAGAUGGAAAUCAACGGCGCGACCGGCCCUGAAGUGGACAAAUUCGAGGCCGAAUGGGUGAAGAAACACAAGCUGGUCACGUUUGACGAGGCUGUCGAAGCACAUAUCAAAGCUGAGGGUGGGGAUGCAUCCGGAUAUCUUGCUAAAACCAAAUCAGAUCGCAACAUGUCCCUCACCAAACGACGCCAGCUGUCCUCGGAAUACAGCAAGUCGCCUGUGGUCUGGUCUUGUGACGUUCCACGCACGAGAGAAGGGUUCUAUCACUAUCGAGCAGGGCUACCCGCGGCGACAAAGCGGGCCAUCGAAUUUGCCCCGUAUGCCGACCUUCUCUGGCUGGAGACGGCGGACCCCAACGUGAAGAAGGCUGCCGGAUUUGCCAGGGAAAUCCGCGAGAAAUAUCCAGGGAAGCAAAUGGUUUACAAUCUGAGCCCAUCAUUCAAUUGGAUGGGUCAAGGUUUUGACGAUGCAUCACUGAAAUCCUUUGUCUGGGAUUUGGCCAAGGAAGGAUUCGUACUUCAGCUUAUCUCUCUUGCGGGACUCCAUUCCACGGCCACUAUCACUCAUGAGCUUUCGAAAGGGUUCAAGGAAGAUGGGAUGCUAGCCUACGUCAAGCUGAUACAGAGCCGAGAGAAAGAACUUGGUGUGGACGUCUUGACUCACCAGAAAUGGAGCGGUGCCCCCUACAUUGAUGGCAUCAUCGGAGCUAUCCAGAGUGGCAGCAGUUCCAGUAAAAGUAUGGGCGAAGGAAACACAGAGUCUGGUUUUUGA